GUAAGACCGGUAUGGGCGAUGAGGCUGGGUCCAACUCCUGAAUACGGGACCUGCCAAGCUCAUUCAAUCCAAACGAUACGAUGAUGGGCUUGGAAGCUGGGGAAGGGAUGGAAGAAGCACUUCGUCCGCAACAACUUGAGGCUCAUUGUCCCCCUGUCCCCGGCUUGGCGGCUCAAGGCAAAUCCUUGCUCGCUCCCCGCGACGUUGGGAGCUGAGACAGUCUGGCGUGGGAAUGGUGGACAGUCAAGUCAGAGCCAAAGAGGCAAAGAGGCAAGGAGGCUCGGCAGUCCCCGAACCCUGGACAUCCCAACUCAGGCCGACUGCUUGCCUCUCUCUCCGCAGAUCAGCCCGGUCAACCACCCCCCGGCUGCCGACUGGUCGGUCCCAUCUGCUCGCUCUGUUGCAUGAUAUGUGAGUUUUUGUGUCUUCUAUACGUCCAACACUCUGUGCAGGGAGUUGGCUUGUUUGAAAAGUAAGGUCUGAGCCGGUGUCUGGACAUGGAAGCAAAAACGUCACUUGCACAAUUGUGUUCCCUUCUUUAUAGUAUUAACCUUCGCUGUUCCCCCUCCCUCGCGCUCCCUCUUGCAUUCGAUCUUUUUGCUAGGCCAAGUUUCCAUCACCAGAUGUUUUUGUGAUACCCAGAUACCCAACUACUCACUCCGCGGCAAUCAUGGAGCGAGCACACUCUCUACUCAAUAGCACGACACGAUCCAUCAGCAGUAGCCGGUCCAGCACCCGUUCAUCCCGCUCAAAUUCAUUAUUUCAGUCAACCCCAGGACAGGAGAAGGGGGAGUUCUUUCUCCCCGCACCAGUCACUACGAUCCCACAACCGAAACUCCGGGUGCGCGCGAUACUAGGCC